UAAAAGAAAGAAAAAUUGCAUUAGUUAUAUUUGUCAAACGACAAUAAUAAUUGGAAGUAAGAAGAUAACAAUUCUCGGCGCAAAAUAAUAAUAGUUCUCAGUAGAGAGCCUUAUUGAGGACUGAUAAUGAUGAUAAUUCAUCAAUCGAUUGCGUCAUAAUGAAUUGAACAUCAUGAAUUUGUAAUAAGUUCCACAGCGAAUCGAAGAUUAGUCAGCUCUAAGACAAAAAAAUUUACAACGUCAUCAUGCGUCAUAUGCUUCGACAUGCUUGAUAUCAACGAGUAAACAUAGUAUGAUGUAAAGCACGAUUGUGUAGAGAUUGUGUAGAGUUUCGACGCGAUCAGUAUGCCGUAAUGCGUCACGCGCGGUGUGACGUCGGCGCUGUGUCUAAUAUAAAUCUACGUGGCCCUCCGGAAUUAGUGGCGUGAAAAUUCGGACUUUACUCUCUCCCUCUCUUUCGCAUUCUCUGUCUCUGUCGCCUUGGUUCCACCUUUUGGGAAAUGAGCAGGGAGUCGGUCAAAACGUGAGAGCAAGCUCGCCUCGCGUUCGUUCUCCUUUGUCGUGUCGGGCGCAACAGCGCGGUGUCUAUUCACUGUUCCGUGCUUGAUCGCGUCGGCAACUCGAGAUUGUCUGUCGCAAAGCUAGUACGACGGCGCGUGAUCAAUGACAAUUAUGUAACGACCGGCCGGCCGGAGUCACUCGUGCUCGAAUGAUGCCUGGGAUGCCGGGUGUGGAGUUCGCGAUCGGCGCAUUGGCAGCGGUAGGCGCCGGUUUCUUCACGAAUCCCGUGGACGUCGUGAAGGUACGAUUGCAAUUGCAAGGUGAACUGGAGGCGCGGGGGGCAUACAAGAAGAUAUACAAAAAUACUUUACACGCUGCGUAUCUCAUAGCCAAGCAUGAGGGCGUGCUCGCCCUGCAGGCCGGACUCGUGCCCGCCUUAGCCUUCCAAGUGGUACUCAACGGUAUUCGCUUGGGCGCGUACAAGUCCGCGCAAAGAUAUGAGCUAAUCGUCGACAAGAAGGGCAACACCAACGUGUGGAGAACCGCGUUGGUGUCCGGCACCGCCGGCUGCGUCGGAGCCGUUCUCGGCAGCCCGUUCUACUUGGUGAAGACGCAGCUGCAAGCGCAAUCCGCGAAAUCCAUCGCCGUGGGCUAUCAACAUGCUCACUCGGGCUCGUGGGACGCGUUCAAGUCCCUGUGGAAGGAGGGUGGCGUUACGGCCCUGUACCGGGGAUGGAACGCGAACAUGCCGCGCGUGUUCGUCGGCUCGGCGACGCAGCUGACCACCUUCGGAUUAGCAUCGGACUGGCUGCGCUCGUUAGAUAUAUUUCCAGACCGGCCGAUAUUGUUGACCUUUUUGGCCUCCGCGAUCGGAGGCAGCUGCGUGGCCAUCACUAUGCAGCCGUUCGACGUCCUGGCGACGCGGCUGUACAAUCAACAGACAGACGCGGCCGGAAAAGGCACCCUGUACAACGGACUUGUGGACGCGCUCGUGAAAAUAUUCCGCACGGAGGGUCUCUUCGGCCUGUACAAAGGAACGUUCCCGACGUGGAUGAGAAUAGCGCCGCAUACAGUUCUGUGCUUGGUGUUUUACGAGCAACUAGAUCAAUUGUACGCCAAGUUUAGAACACAAAACGACUGACGCUAGUGGAAUUUGUAUAAAAUCUGUAUUUACUCACUAAACAACACGCACACGCGCGCACACACACACACAAAUACACACACAUACACACACGCACGCAGUGAAGAUAAGAGAUUUUGUAAGAUUUCAAGAUUGUUGGUGUUAAGUAUUGCAAAUCUGUUUGAAUAAAAUUGAUGUCGUAUAUCGGCAGUGACAUUGCUUGAUAUCGUUGCGAUAAAUUUCCAACUGGAUGUACGUCGAGAGAUAUAUAAAUAUAGAAAUCUUAAUCGGA